AGCGGAGCCAAGCCGGGCGCCAGCUGGGCGCGGGGGCAGCCAUGGGUAAGUUUCUGAAAGCCGGUCGAAUCGUGGUGAUGCUACAGGGUCGCUACGCCGGCAAGAAGGCUGUAGUGGUGAAGGCCUUCGAUGACGGCAGCAAGGUGCGGUCCUUCGGGCACUGCCUGGUGGCGGGCAUCGAUCGGGCGCCGUUGAAGGUCACCAGGAAGAUGUCCAAGAAGAAGAUCACCAAGAGGACCAAGGUGAAGCCUUUUGUGAAGUACGCGAACUACAAUCACAUCAUGCCUACCAGAUAUCAGGUGCCAAACGAACUGACCCCUGCCACUAUGGUGACAGAUCAGCAGAUGGAUACCCCAGAUGGCCGAAAGGAAGCGCGUAAGUUCGCCAAGAGCUUGUUCCAAGAGAAGUUCCAAGCACCGCCACCGGACAAAGCCGGUCGCCCUUCCAAGGACGUGCUCUACUUGCGCAAGAAGCUCCGCUUCUGAAAUCUCGUCGUCCCGUCCAAUGUCCAGUGCGUGCCGGA